AUGAGAUGGAGAGAAGAUAAAGUCAGGGCUACCUACAAAAGUUUGGAGAAGUUAAGGAAGACAGAUCCUAGUGCUCCACAAAAGCCUGACUAUCCUGAAGCAGAGGUUUUAAAACGACCACUAAAGCUGCAAAUCAGGAGAGCAAAUGCUCCAGCUGGUGCAGCCAUCUUCAAAAGAAGGCAACAAAAACAGUUGGGUGCUGAAACAAUACAAGAGUUAAUGGCAGGAGAUGACCUUGUGAAAGAGGGAAUUAAAAAGAUGAUUGAAGAAACUCUUGGAUUGAAUCAACCUGCAAGUACUGCUCACAUAAACCAAAAUACCAGCGCUGGUAAGAAGUCCACCACGGCAGCAAGAGCUACCGCCACCACCACCGGCGGGUGUAAGAAGGCUACUCCGGCGAAGAAGGUUGUUAAAGCUGUGAAAGCGACUCUGAUGAAGAAGGCAAAGAAGAUGACUCCGACGAAAGCCAAACAGCCAAAGUCGAUCAGGUCACCGGCUGCUAAGAGGUCACCGGCUUCCGUCGCUUAUCUUCCCCCAUCAAGCACCACCGUCCGCCGCCGCCCCGCCACGACCGCACCACCUCCGGCGCCUUGA